CAGUCGUGUGCCAAGCUCACAAGCUCGCACGAGCUGAUUGAGGGGUAAGAGCAAGACAGACGCGUGCCUUAAACUUCAACACAAACUAUCUGCAGGACUCUGCAAGACCUCAAACACCCAGUUUCAUCUCCCAGACCACAUAAGGUUACCAACAAUGGAGACUGUCUACUCCGACAUGGACACCUCAAGCUGCGACUACUCCUUUACGCACACGGAUGAUGAGGACUCACGCAGCAGCCUCCACUCCGCGUCCCCCGCGUCCUCCUGCGGCAAGCCGCCUGCGUCUCCAGUCGAGCUCCAGCAGAAAAAGAGGCGUAGUGGGCGCGCCAGGAACGAAGCCACCGUGCAUGUCGUGAAGAAGAACCGCCGGGUGAAGGCCAACGACCGCGAGAGGAACAGAAUGCACAACCUCAACGACGCCUUGGAUGCUUUGAGAAGCGUGCUGCCUGCCUUUCCCGACGACACGAAGCUGACCAAAAUCGAGACUCUGCGCUUCGCUCACAACUACAUCUGGGCGCUUUCCGAGACCAUCCGGAUCGCAGACCAGCGGCAGAGCAAGCCCAGAGACCCUGCGCUGCUGCUCCCAGGACUAAGCUGCAUGGGAGAUGCGCCCAGCCCCGGCGGUAACUCUUGCUCCUGGCCAUCCGGCGCAUCCUCCUCGUCUUCAUCCCCGUCUUACUGCAAUUCAGACCCGGGCAGCCCCGCAGCCAUGGACGAUUUUGGAUACUUGCAGACCGAUGUAGUUUACAGCUACCACAACUUCGUGCCUAGCAUCUAUUAA